UGUCAACCGAGCGACGCAACCCUUGCGCAGGGCGCUAUUUGUUGUUUCAAGCGCCCGGCCUUUUGUUGCACUGUCCAACUGCACUCAGGGCAGAUCCAGAGUCGCACUUGCGUCCCUUGCCUAUCAUCCCUCAUCUCUCACCUCUCAUCCCGGUCACCACGUCGGCCUGCAUUGCAUCUCAUCUCAGCGCAGGAUAUCGCACCCCCUCCAAGCUGAUACCUUUGCCCGUCAGUCGGCAUCCCUGAAACCACAUCUUUGGUAUCCGUUCUGCAACAGCCUCGUUCACAUAACCCCAUGGGCGGCAAAGACGACCCAAAGACACCCAGCGCUCGCGCCCCCAUGGGCGACUCGGACGAGCAUCCGCCCGACUUCAACCCCGUGGCGACCUUCCAGGCUCUGGCGGCCCAAGGCGAUCUGCUUGCCCAAAAAGCCAGCUACAACGAGGCCAUCGAGUGCUACACCGAGGCCCUUGCGCUGCAGCCCACCCACAAGCACUGUCUGGUUGCCCGCUCUCGCUGCUUCAUCCAGAUCGGCCAGCCGCUACAGGCCCUCCAGGAUGCCGACGCCUCGCUCAAGGACGACCCGACCUUCCACAAAGGCGUCUAUCAGAAGGCCGAGUCGCUCUACGCACAGGGCGACUUUGAGCUGGCCCUGAUGUACUAUCACCGUGGGAACCGGUCCCGGCCCGAGCUCGACGAGUUCCGCAUCGGCAUCCAAAAGGCCCGGGAGGCCAUCGAAAACUCCAUCGGUGCACACAAGGACCACCAGAUUCCCUUCAAGAGCAAUCUGCCGGCCCUGGCCGCCCAGGCUCCAACCUCGGGCCCUGCUACGGUCGGCGGCAAGGCUCCGACGCCGUCCAAGAAGCCAGGGUCGGUGCCGACAAAGUCCCCAAAGUCCCCCAAUACCAAGCCGGGCCCGGGAAAGUCUCGGACUCCGUCCUCCAAGAGCAGCCGCAUCAACCACGAGAUUGAGGAAGCGAUGGCACGCCAGCUGCUCGGCGAGCUGUACGAUGACAAGGUCUACCUGGAGGAGCUGCUGAGCGACCCAGACAUGGUCGAGAACCGGGACGAGGAUGUUGUCAGUUAUGUCACCGAGGGGCUGUCCUUCCUCGAGGGCCGGAUCGCCUUCUGGAAGCAGCAAAAGCCCAUCUACGCCCAGCCAAAGGAAAAGAAGCGCAUGAAGCCGAGGAUGCAGCGACCCGAGCUGACAAGCCAUCGCACCAAGGCUAUCGUGCUCGAGCCCGUCGAUCCGCGGUGCCCGCUCCCGCCAGUCCGAUCGAUCAAGAGCGUGGUGGCCACCUGAGAGGGUUUUGCUUCUGUGGGCACCGCGGCGCUACAUGCUGUCUCAUUGGGCAUUCGCUCUUUUCAUGGCAUAUAUACAUUGCAGACUGUGAUGCUCACAGUGCUGCUUCGCAACGUAUGGAGACUGCCUAGUUCGAGAGAGGUGCAGAUGCUCUGAUGUGCUCCACAAGACAGGACAGACUCCAACAGUCUGGAUACAGAAGC